CUAAAAUGGCUCUCUCUUACAAAACCCUAAAGUCAACUCUCUUCUUCCUCUCUAUUCUUUUCCUCAGCUUCUCCUUGAUCAUAGCUCACGGCGGCAUAGAAGACGGGGAUGAAGAAGAUGAGGGGACGACGGCCAACCAGCCACCUCCGGCCACUGGAACAACCGUCGUGAAUCUCCGGUCGAAAGACCUGGUGCUUGUGAAGAUCUACUGCCUUAUAAUUCUCUUCUUUAGCACAUUUUUGGCGGGGAUAUCUCCUUAUUUCUACCGGUGGAAUGAGUCGUUUCUUCUCCUCGGAACUCAAUUCUCCGGCGGAAUAUUCCUCGCGACCGCUCUAAUCCAUUUUCUAAGCGACGCCAACGAAACUUUCCGAGGUUUGAAACACAAGGAGUAUCCUUACGCCUUCAUGUUAGCUGUCGCUGGAUAUUGCCUUACGAUGCUCGCAGACGUUGGAGUUGCUUUUGUAGCGGUUGGGAGUAAUAACAAUCACGGCGCCGCCGGAGGUUCGAGGGUGGAUGAUGAUGACGUGGCGGUGAAGGAGGAAAGCCGUGGAAAUGGUACUCAUGUGGAUGUGAAUCAAGCGAUUGUACGGACGAGUGGGUUUGGAGACACGGCUUUGCUGAUUUUUGCACUUUGUUUUCACUCCAUCUUUGAGGGAAUCGCCAUUGGUCUCUCAGACACUAAAAGCGACACUUGGAGAAACCUAUGGACAAUAUCGUUGCACAAGAUCUUCGCAGCCGUAGCAAUGGGAAUAGCUCUCCUCAAGCUAAUCCCUAAACGACCAUUCUUCCUCACCGUAAUCUACUCCUUUGCCUUUGGGAUAUCAAGUCCCUUAGGGGUCGGGAUUGGCAUUGGAAUCAACGCCACGAGCCAAGGAGCUGCUGGUGAUUGGACCUAUGCGAUCUCAAUGAGCAUUGCAUGUGGAGUCUUUGUGUAUGUUUCGGUUAACCACCUUAUCUCAAAAGGGUAUAAACCACGUGAGGAGUGUUACUUCGACAAGCCCAUCUACAAGUUUCUUGCUGUCUUCCUUGGCGCUGCUUUGCUCUCUAUGGUUAUGAUUUGGGAUUGAUUUUGUUUGACGCUUUGGUUUCAUUAAUUACUUUUUCCAUUCCUCUUUGCUUAAUUUCUUCUUCUUUUCUAUUAAGUUUUUUUUUUUUUUGAAGAAUUUAAUUAAUUGUAAAUCGUCGACAGAAGAAAAAAAAAUGUAAACAUUUAUACAAUAUGUGAUAAUUAGCAAAUCAAAUGGAGCCACAUAGGCCCGGCAAAUCAACAUCAUCUGCUACUUUUAUGUCACAUCUACAUUUUUUGGACUAUGUAUGUAUAUAUUUCAUAUUUGUACCGCGAGUUACUAUACCCGGAUGAAGAAAA